GUGUUGGCUAGUUUGUGCCGAACCUAACGCAGUCACACAAGCCUACAAACUGAGGUCAAAAUGUCAAACUUUAGAGCCAGUGCCGACGGAACACAGAUGAAUCCUGGUUUUUCAUUAACCAAGGCAGUGGAGGAUGUCAGUAAACAAGGCUAUACCCAGAUUGAGGCCUUGAAAGAGAAAGAGAAGAAACUCAGCUCCCUGCAGACAACUCUUUCAGAUGUUGAGAUGAAAGGUAAGAAGGCAGAGCAGCAGCUGAGAUCUAGAGUGAGGGAGAUCCUAGUGCUGGAGGGCGACAUGGAGCACCUGGAGCAGCAGACUAAAGUCCUGCAUGAUCGCUGUGUAUCCAUCAGCAAAGAAAACGCAGAACUCCAGAUUCGUACACGUGAGGAGGAGGAGAAAGCUUGCGUGGCUCGGGAGGGGUUCGACACCUAUCGACAGAAGAUGGAGGGUCACAGAGCAGCUGUUUUGCAUGCAGCGAGCCAGACGGAGGUCCAUAAGAAGCUGGAGGAGAAGAAAGCGCUGGUCAGGAUGUUGACACGGAAAAAAGAGGAGCUGAAGAAAGAUUUAGAGAAUCCAAAUGGAGACAGUGUGCAUAUGGCAAAGAGAGAGAUUGAUGCUCUGAAGGAGGAGAUCUCUGUGAGGAGAAAGGCCAUAGCUGAGAGGAGAGAGCGACUGCAAAAAGAGCAUGCGACUCAUACCCAGAUAAAGAGAGACAUAGAGAUCCAGAACAAACGCUAUGAAGCCAUUGUCAAGCGCCUCCACUGCCAACUGAGCAGGGCCCAGGCUGUCUACAGGCAAAUGUCUGAAGACAUCUACCACAUGGAGAGACAGCUAGCUGAGCUCAAGAAUCAGCAAGAGUCCUCAGCUUAAAUGUAAGCCUGUGUUAUUAUUGUGGGUCUAUUUGUUAAAGGAAGAAUUGUUGCUAUUACUACAUUUGAACAACUGGGGGCAGCAGUGUCAACUAAAUGCUUAACUUUAUCUGUUUAACUUGAUCACAAAACCAUCACCUGGACUGUUAUAGAGUAGUUUUGAUACCAGAUGUUAACACGGCAGUUAUUGCUGAACCUUUGCCUUUAAACACGCGUGUUGUGUCAGAGAGAAAACCAUAAAAAUAUUAAAAUAUUUGCCUAUUAUCACAUUAUUCGAUUUCCUCGAUAACAGAUGAGCAUGCAGGAGUGUUUUGCUUUUAAGACCAAAGGGGCGAUAUGAGCGGGGGCGUGGGAUGGGAUUUUAGGUCAGGUGGUGACAGUGAAAACAGUGAGUGUCCACAACAGUGACCCGCGCAGAACAAAAGCCAAGUGUCCGCACUCUAACUGUCGAUGUGAUGGUGUUGUUUUGGUACACGCUGUUCCAGCUUCCGCUUCACUGGGUCGCUUGACGGUCUGCGAGGUGACAGUCCCACUGCCGGCUAACAAGGGCGUGACUGUGCUACUUCAGCCAUAACUCAAAACUCAUUAAACGAUGAGAAUGCCUUUUCAGAAACCUACUCCACAUCAGAAUGUAUCGCAUCAGUCUCUGAGAAAAGCUGUAAUAUAUAUCAAGAUAUAGACAUAAGACUCUUUGCGUUGUUGGAACAGUUAUAUAAAGCCAAGAGAAGUCAUGGAAUUGCUCACGCAAGGCCUGGGAAAGCUGCAGAUACAUACACAAUGUACAGAUGUGCAUUUAGAUUAAGUGAAGAUGACACUAUAGCGAAUUGGAAAGAUGAAAAAAUACUUAUACAGCACCGUCUUGUUCACAAUUUUUCUUUUAUUCUACACAAACAUAAGCUUUGAGCACAGAAUUAGAUAACAUUGCAUAGGUAUGUUUUGUGUUUUUUGGUGUGUGUGCGUUUCUUCAUAAUUGUCAACCAAUUAAGAACUAAAUUACCAAUUCCGAGACAAAUACCUGCAACUAUUUUAUAUUUAAAAACAAUUACUUUAUGAAAUAAUUGUAUUGAGCAAGUAAACUGUGCAGUGACCCACAGUCUCUACAGCUUAUAGAGUGAGAGGUAGUCUAGUACACUGUGUGGGAGGUAAGGGGCAAUAUGUAAUGAAUUACCCAAAAGUUAGGACUGUUUUCAU